AUGUCCUUUAACGAUCUUGAAGCUGCAGAGUCGCCUCGGUACGUCGACUUCCCAGAGUUUGAAGGCUAUUCCCAGGCGAUAGAGAACAAUUUGUACAACAUCAAUAACAACCAAAUCCCAGCGUUAAAGAAACUUCUCACACAGUAUGACCAGCUAUUGGCAGAACUUGAUACUUUUGACUUGGAUAAGAUUCAAAAGAUAUCCACGAAAAUGUCUGGGCUUGUGACCAAGACGACAUCCAGCUUUAAGAAUGUCAACGACAGUGCAACCAAGCUAAACCAGUACUUGAAUGAAUGUGCCAGCAAUCACGAAGACGAUGAUACGUUGGAAUAUCUUAGGCAGAAGGAAACUAUAUUGAUAAGUUUAAUAAAAUCUAGCAUAAACCAAUUUCUGAAGCAGCAAAAGAAGAUCGAAGCUGUGGAAAAAGAGGUGAAGAAGAGACAGGAGAGCAGCGUGGCAGCACUGGAGCAUCCUGGUAGCGCCAGUGCUAGUGAUGGUGCCAUAGGUUCAGGAACCGCGGGCUCUGACCAAGUACAACAGUCCAUACAAAUUGACUAUGAGCCAGUAAACGCCGAGGAGUUGGAGGAACAGUCGCUACUCAUACAGGAACGUGAAAGAGAAAUACACCAGAUAUCACAGGAUAUAACAGAGAUCAACGAUAUCUUCCUGAACUUGCACGAAUUGGUUACAGAGCAACAAACAACGAUAGACAGCAUAGAGGAUAACAUUCUUCAGUAUUCUGACGAUGCCAGAGGUGCUACCGUAGAGCUCAGAAGGGCUGAGCGGUAUCAGAAGAGAAAUAGUGGCAGAAUGAUGUGCUGCUUGGCGAUAUUGUUGGGUGUUCUAGGCAUGAUAAUAUUCAUAGGAGUUGUGCUAUAA